CCUCUAUCAACCACGAAGAGGGUAUCUACGCCUAGUAUCUUGUCUGCAACCAGUAUGGUACUGUACAUAAGAGUACAUGAACUGCACACGCAACCUGCACGCAGUACAUGCCUAGGCUCGCCAUAUGCGCAAUCGUCCGGUGCGAAAGGAGAAAGCCAUGUCAUUUCUCCGCAUGCAAAAUAACGCAUGUGUAUUCGUACAUACAUGAUCUCCACAAGUCGGUCCAGAUCGGGUUUCAUGCCUGAAGCUUUCUUAUUGUUUUGUUCUCGACUCUGUACGGAGUACACGGGCCCGAUAUCCCUUUUCCCGCCCGCGAUUCGAAAUCUUCCACUUGGUUUCCUCCCUCGCGCCGCCCGUGAAGAACCCAUUGAUUUAAAAGAUACCCUGUUCUGCGGGGCCGAAUCAGAACUUCGGACAAAAUAUGUACAGAGUACCGUACAGUACAUAUGUCAGAUUCAAUGGAAUCGCUUAAACGGUGCGCAACGCAGGUUCAGAGGAGAGCUGAGAAAGUACGAAAAGUAGCUUCGGGCUGACGACAGUGUUCCUUCUUUUGCCUUUUACCAUUGACACCAAGUGGAGAAGAACAGAGACCGUUUCGCUGGCGUCGUGGAGCUGUUGCGGGAUCGAACUUGGCAACACCCGCCAGAUCCACUUAUGAAAUGUAUGAGCAUUGAGGACUCAAUGAGUAGCAGGCAGUCAGUCCACUCCUCGUUAGUUAACUACCUAGGUAGUUAGUUACCGAGUCACUAGUGAUCUGCUAGUUUGUUGUGCUUAGUGCUCACGAGUCUUGCCGAUCGACUGAUCUGUUUACCAUCAGGUUCCACUUCAACUCGUCACGAUUGCACCAACCACCGAUUCGGAACUAAGCAGAUCCUCUGCUCGGCACGGUCAGAAUGCCAACAGCUCCAGGUUCUAUCACGGUUUUUCAAAACGCUUGCCUCGCUAAUGCAACAAUAUUCAACAACCAUGAUGUAUUUUCAGCUGAUAGGGUACAUAUAAUCUUCGGACGAAGUUGAAGGUCUUUGCUUGUUCAGUUAGAGUUCGUUGGGUACAUCGAAAGUCAUCAGCCAUGUACGUGUGCAGUACUCCGUACACGGUAUCGCCCAACAUACCGAAAGCUACCUGCGAAAACGGCAAGUUAUGAAUCGGAUGUGCUAAAUGCAGUGGAUAUAGAACUUCAAGUUCCGCACCAUCUGCGUUUAGCGCCCUGUUCAAAGCUGGUAAAUGUCAAAAUGCUCCUAUUCUCAUUAAGGCUCACUCCGCGCGAACGGACGCAAUGGUGCCACGACCGUCCUGUCCCGCCAUGAUGAGGAAUGUCUGAAUAUGGAUCCCGUCAGGAGGCAGUUUGUGGCUUGAGAUGACGUUGAAUUCUCUAGAAAGAUUCUCUAAAGAGCUAGACGCGCUAAAAUCGCUGCAGAUUAUUAAUUACUCGUGCCAAAAACCUCAUGCGCCGCCUAAGAGCUAGUUUUGUACAGUCCAAUGUACUCCGUAUAUUCUAUUGAGAUAUAAAAAUACAAUUUGUUGUCAAAAUAAUCCAUAGAAGAGUGUAAGUAGCAUAAAAUAAAAGAAAAAUAUUGGCAAUUGGAGGGUGUGUGAUGUAUUUGACGAGGUUUAUUUUUAACUCAAUUGGAAACUGGACGACAGAAAAGCUCCCCUCAAC